CCGCCGGCGGAAGCGGGAGUGACGGCAGCGACGGCGACGGCAAGAUGGCGGCGCCCAGCCUGCUGCGCGGGGGGCUGCGGCGGUUGUUCACCGGGCUCUUUGGCAGCGGUUGGACCCCGCCGCCGGCCCGAACCCUGCGGGAGGUCGUGGAGGUGACUGAAGGCAACACGACCAUAAUUGAAGGGAGAAUUAUAGAGGAUAAGGAUGCUGCAACACCAGCUCCUCCAAACCCCUUUGGCCAGUGCCCCAUCUGUCGCUGGAACCUGAAGCAUAAGUAUGAUUACGUGGACGUCUUGCUGCUGAGUCAGUUUAUCCGUUCUGAUGGAGGGAUGCUGCCACGAAGGAUCACAGGCCUUUGUCUGGAGGAGCACAAGAAGAUUGCUGUCUGUGUGCAGAUGGCUCACCGUGCAGGUUUGUUGCCAAACCACAGACCUCCACUUCCUGAAGGGCAUGUUCCCAAGAAACCCAAACUCAACAGGUAUCUGACGCGCUGGUCCAUCAGGUCUGCAAAGCCCAUCUGGAGGAGGGGCCCUAAGUGGUGCAAAAAGCCCUUCCCGGUUGGACACCCUUUGCUGAAAGAUAAUGUCACAUACACACAAAAGCCUCUCUAUUUAAACCACUAGUGGCCAGAACCGGCAGAGUCAGUAAGCACAGCUGUUUUCCGUUGUUCUGCUGUUUUUGCAGGUUUGUCAGUACCUCCAACUUUCUUAUUCCAAGACCUCAUUAGUACCCUAUAUUGUCUGCAGUGUGAAUGAGCUGCAGUCUGCUCCUCUAGGAGAAUACAAGAUUCAGCAAAGCAAAGUUUAACGUGCAGAAUGAUUUGGAGAAAGCAAGGGGCAAAGACUCUUACCUCAAAGCCAGAAAGGAUCUGAAGGCUUUUGUUUCAUUAUGGUCCACAACUGGGUUUGGAAAAGGAUGUUUCCUUCUUUUUCCAGCAGUGAACGAUGAUUCCCCAUUAACCUAUGUUUCAACUCAGGUUUGCCUCAUUUGGGCUUUUGUACCUGUGAUACUGAUAGAAGAAAGUCUCCUGCAGCACAGUGUUUCCUUGGUAGUAACAGAAAUUGUUGAUGACUACUGAAAUUAAAUUUUGUAUUCUCUGUACUAUCCAUAAUUUGCAGCAAAACACCCGUGGCAGUGGCAAACAGGCACGUGUGCAUCUUACAUGUCCCCUUAAAGGUUCCUUUCCUGAUUUGUGCUUCACUCCUGGAUCUAGCAAAUAAAGAAUGUUGACAUCCUUGA